CAGGGCAGGCCUUCGUUUAGUUUUGCUGGGCGGGGCGUGGGAAGCUCGGACUUCCUCGGAGCUCAGGUUUGCGUGGGGGAGAAGGGCUGAAGAGCCGACAAGAAGCUGAACCUGAAGGUUCAGUUGCAGAAGACGCAGGUGGUUGGGAAACGGGAGCUAUCAGCUAAGAGAGAGAGAGAGAGAGAGAGAGAGAGAGAGAGAGAGAGAGAGAGAGAGAGAGAGAGAAGAUGGCGCUAAGAGCUUGUGCAUCCUCUGGGUCAUCGAGAUUUCAGAUAAAGUUUAUUGAAGGCCACAGGUAUCCAGUCCAUAGGCUCUCGCAGUUUGCAUGCACUCAGAACUUCCAAUCAUUUCGAACAUGUCCAAUAAGAAGAGCAGACAUUGCACAUUUCAGUGAACCAAAUAAAAAGAUGGUGCAUGUGUAUCGUUUCAGAGAGAGGCUGUGGGCUUCUCUUCCUGAGCCAGUGAAAGAGUUUCCUUGGAGGAAAGCAGAGGAUCUGGUGCUGCAGCACUUGCUGAUACAUGGAGAGAGAGCAUUGAAAUGGUCCCUGAUUACAUUGUUCAUUUUUAGCUUCUUAUCAGACAUAAUAUUUUCUGUUGUGAGAAACAGAGAAUUAAUAGUACCUCUAGGUCUUUUCAUUGGCUGCACACUGGCUGACUUCUUGAAGGAGACUUCUAAGGAAUUGUUUGAAGGCAUCAAGGAAGGAGGUUUGAGAUGGCACCUUCUUGGCAUUGGUUCUUUCUUUGUUCUUGUUAAGUUUGUCUCUGUGUGUUUCACAGUACAAGGACGUGUAUUUCUUUCCCAUGUUGGGAACGGCGGGUUGAUGCAGGUUCUAUGGUUAUGGAGAAAACUACUGGAGGAAAGAGAAUCUGUUAAUGUGGAGCUGUUGCACCAAAAUGAUUUUAAAUCCAACAAUGUGUAAGGUUGAAAGGCACAUUUGGUUCCCUGCAUUCCCGAGGGAUUUGACCAUACUGCAAUUUUGUAGUCAAGCAUUUUCUUCCUUUUAAUAGUUUUGCCAUAAUUUCGGUAAA